GUGUGUGCGUAUCUGCUUUGCGUUGACAUUUUCCUCUGCUUGGCCCAUCAUCGCUCUCUUCAAGCAGAAAACAACAUCGACCGUUCUUUUAUCAUCAUCAAUCACCACAACCGCCACCACCACCAUCAAUCUCCAUCAAGUGUACACAACAGAUACUACAAUCUUCCUCUUCCUCCUCUCGUUCUUUACCCCUCCAUACCCCUCCCCCUUUUCUUGUUUCUUCUCCUCUAUGGCAACACUCUGAGCUCAUUCGCACCCCCCUCUCCUUCACCCUCUUCUUGCUUUCAUUCCCUGUCGUCUUGGGCGAUACUCAUUCACUCUUUGACCACCUAUCCACUCCCCACUUCCCAGCAAACACUUAUUCAUCACAAGCACCACCAGCUGCUUCAGCCACAGCAUCCAGGUUCAGGUCACCAUCAUCACCACAACCCUCGAUGAGGCUCCAGAAGAUGUUGCAAAACCUGCUCCAUCCGCCACCGCUGGCCGUCCUCAUCCUCGUCCUCUCGAUCAUCUUCCUGUUGCCACACAGACACCAGCAGUGGAUCCUCAGUCUUGUAGAAUCAGCCCUGGGCUUUGAUCUAACCACCGCCUUUGAGGCACUACCCUCCUCAGAACAGACUCUGAGCACACUCUUUUAUUAUAAGGCUCGUGUCCUUGACCCCCUGGCGCGGAUUCUCUUGGGCUGGGAGCCUGAAGACCACCAUGACAGCGACAACGUUCACACGGGCUUUGGAGGUCCAAGCUUAUAUCCCCUUCCUGAACACCGCAACGCCACCAGAACCAACCUACCAGACCGAGCAAAGAUCACAAGCCGAGCUCAGCUGCACCAACUCCGCAAUGGCGAUGCGAAUCAAGGGAUAUCAGCAGCACUAGACGCCGCCAGAUCCCCCACACCACUCGCUCCUCGUUAUGUCCAUGGUCUUGUCAACACAGGGAAUUCCUGCUUUCUCAAUUCUGUAUUGCAGGCACUAUCAGCGCUUUCAGUACUGUCGCCCUAUCUGGAAUCCAUUCUGGGCCGCUCGGACGAUUUGCGGAUGGACGAAGAUGAUGUUCAAGUCACAGAGGCCUUACUUGAUACUAUUGAAGCGCUUCAGCACCCAUUGGUCACGCACAAGUCCUUCCGACCCAGGGCCAUUGUAUAUGCUUUAGAGGCAUCGCGAGCAAAAGACUCAAAGUCUUCAGGAUACCAUACCAAUAUCAUGAACAGGGAGCAGCAGGAUGCACAGGAGCUCUUUCAGAUGAUCUCCAGCGCACUGAGUUCUGAGGAGGCGGCCGUUCAGAGAUCGCUGGCAACUCGACCAUUGAUAGAUUUGGACUUUAUUAAGCAGCUCUUGGGGCUUGGACCCAAACCAAACCAGCAUCAGGUCAGGAAAAUGGACUCGAACCCGAUGAUCGGCAUGCUGGCGAGUCGACUGUCGUGCAUGCAAUGCGGAUACACGGAGGCAAUUCGGCACUUCACCUUCGACAACCUCUCGCUAUCGCUUCCCUCGUAUCACUCUUGUACAAUUGAGGACUGUCUCAAGCAGUAUAUCAAUCUCGAAUCCCUCCACGACGUAGUCUGCCGGAAGUGCUCCUUGAAUGCUACGUUGACGCGGGUCGGAAACGAACUCAGGCAACUCGACGGUCACCAGCUUCCUCAACCACCAAAGAUUUCGCGGCGACGUGUCUACCAGGACCUGGAUAGCUCCCUUUCUGAACAGAGCAGCGAUUGUUAUUCUGAGACGGGUGAGAGUUCCGUGCUGGACGAUUCAGAAGACGAAAUGGCGGAGGCAAGGCGUCCAUUACAGCUGCAAACGAAAGGAGAGAGGAUGGCGCUCAAGUCGAAAUUAAUUCAACAAAGAGCUGUUUUGGAGUCGGCCAUCAAAUCAGACGUAGAGAAAGCGCUGCCCGAUAUCAAAUUGACGCGAGUCAUCUCCCGGCACUGUACGAAGCAAGUCAUGUUGGCGAAGCCGCCACCAGUUCUUUGCCUCCAUUUCGUUCGUUCGCAAUACUCCAACUACGGAACAGUGUCCAAAAACAGCUGCCAGGUCAACUUCCCAGAGUACCUGGAUGUCUCACCCUUUUGCACCACUGGAGUUCUUCUGACGCAACCCAACUUGCCCAUGUCGAUCUCUGAACAGGAUAUGCAGAGGCUGGGCCACGAUGCACAAUCCAAGCCAUCUCCAAAGAACAAACGUGCUAAACAGCAAAAGAAACAGAGACAACAACAGCAACAGCAGCAAAACCAGCAGAAGGAGCAGAAGGAGCAGGAUGAGCAGGGCCAGCGAUCGCAACCAAGGGUCUUGUACAGGCUGCAGUCAAUCGUUGUUCAUUACGGCGGACAUUCAUAUGGCCAUUUCAUCGCUUAUCGCCGGAAACCCGAAAACAUGCAGUCCAAGGUCGGAGCUGUGGGAUUAGGGCUGGAUCCUAUGACCGCAUCGAGGGCUGGAUCCCUUUAUGGCGGCAGCGGCAGGGUGGAGGAUUGGUUCAGGAUCUCGGAUGAGACAGUUGAGUCGGUAACAUUGGAUCACGUCUUGAGAUCCAACCCGUAUAUGUGCCUAUAUGAGAAAGUCGAGACUCAGGAGGAGAAGAUGGGCAGGGAUCGUGGAGAGUUACGGCCCAGUCUUUCAUUGCAGGCUGUCGAGCUUGGUUUCCGAAACCUGUUGAAGAAGAAGCUGGGCACUUGGGACGAUGAAGAGGGCAUGGGCAAAAAGCUGAAAGCGGAUGUAUCGUCGGACUCGAGUCGGGUGGAUCUGGCAGCUAUCACGGAAAAGGAGUAUGCGGAACUAUUCAGGGAGCAGCCCAAGGCCAUGUCGGCAUUAUCGAGAAUAAGUUCCUUGGAGCACGGCGAGGACAUGUCUGAUACGGAGAGCAUUCACUCCCAUGAUGAGGACCGCCCCUGGAGAUCAUUUGUCUCGUCACCCAAUUCGACGACACCGCCAUCACCCAACACAGGAUCUUCGGACUCUUCUGCGUCAUCGUCGUCAUAUACUUCGCCUAUCCUGAUGCAGCGCUCCAAACAGAGGCUGCUGUCGCUCGGCAGUCUUAAGACCGUACCAGACUCUAUUCCGGAUCUGGAUCUUGUUCUCGACACCCCCAACGCCUUGACCUUAUCAUCGUCAUCUACCAGUAUAUCGGGCUUGUCUAUGACCAGCAACAAGUCUUUACAAUCCACAUCGACAGGUCACUCAUCCUCAAGAGCAAAGUCGAACUCCAAGGGCCGCAAGAGGAAAUAAGUCGUUCAUCCUUACUAUACCAGAGACGUUUUUUUUUGUACACAAAAUCAAUA